GACGUCACGUGAGCUGACUGACACGUACUGUUUUGGUUUAGAAAAAAAGUAAAGCCGGAAGAAGAAAGACAGACAAACAGAAAGCUCGGAGCUCAGGAGGGCUAAAGACAGUUCACCAUAUUCAAGAGUCUCUUUGGGUUUCUAUCCCUGGUUCCAUCAUGAACGUGUUUGACCGCAACAUCAACUUUGAUGCUCUCUUCAAGUUCUCUCAGAUAUCUCAUUCCACCCAGGUGCACUUGAAGAAUGUGUACUCCAGCCUGGCUGUUUGUAUGUUUGUGGCUGCAGCCGGCUCCUACGUCCAUGUGGUCACACGCCUCUUUCAGGGCGGCAUACUGUCAGUGCUCGCGUCCCUGGGGAUGAUGUUUUGGCUUGCGAUGACACCCCACAACUCCGAGACGGAGAAGAAGAGACUCGCCAUCCUCGCAGGAUUUGCCUUCUUCACAGGCGUCGGCCUCGGCCCCACACUGGACUUUGUCAUCGCUAUCAAUCCAAGCAUCAUUGUGACGGCCUUCAUGGGAACCUCUAUGAUCUUCAUCUGCUUCACUCUCAGCGCUCUCUAUGCCAAACGCAGGAGCUACCUGUUCCUGGGAGGCACACUGAUGUCUGGUCUCUCCCUGCUCUUCCUGAUGUCCAUGAUGAACAUGUUCGUUGGAUCUGUGAUGCUGUUUAAGGCACACAUGUACCUGGGGCUGCUCAUCAUGUGCGGCUUCGUCCUGUUUGACACUCAGCUCAUCAUUGAAAAAGCAGAAAACGGAGACAAGGAUUACGUCUGGCACUGUGUGGACUUGUUUCUUGAUUUCGUCACCAUCUUCAGGAAACUGAUGGUCAUCCUUGCCAUGAAUGAUAAGGACAAGAAGAAAGAAAAGAAGUAAAGCAAAGUGUGAGGAGAGUCUAAACUAAUCUGUGAGAUAAAGGCACAAUCUGCGCUGCACUUGGUGCUUUUCAC